ACAUAGAAAGUUUUUUUAUGCAAAACACAAGUCUAACUUGCUGUGUAAUUCUCAGAAUCCUUCAUUCUUUCUUUCAAGUCAUCAUUUGAAGUUAUAAAAGGAUCUCACUAUGGGUAUCAAAAUGAGUCCCCUUAUUCAAGGUACAAGAAUCUUGAGGAGGUUUUCAAAUUCCGGAGGUGUUCCAAAAGGUCAUUGUGCAGUAUAUGUAGGAGAGAGCCAGAAGAAGAGAUUCGUCAUGCCAAUAUCUUACUUGAGCCAACCUUUAUUUCAAGACUUGUUAACUCAAGCUGAAGAACAGUUUGGCUUCGAUCAUCCAAUGGGUGGUCUCACAAUACCUUGCAAAGAGGACGUGUUUGUUGAUCUCACAUCCCGCUUGAGAUCAUGAAUUGUAUCAAAGUGCAAAUUCUCUUGCACACGAAUUUUGUAGAUUAGUAGACUUUUUAGAUUUUAGAAAGAGGAGAUUUAGAGAGGAAGUUUUACUGUAUAGUUCAGAAACACAAGAAUCUAGAAGUAGUUUCCACGAUCAAUUUAUUAAUAGCAGAACUGCCGUUUCUUAUAAUCACUAUUUUAAUUGGUUAUAUUUGCUUGCAAACUAACACAUCCAAGAAAGUAUCAUUUAGCAGAAUAAGAAUGAAGUUUGUGAUAAGUAACAAGAAAUUACGUAGCGGAACCAAGUCAUUAGCUUUAUCUAUUCUUAAGGCUUUAAAUUUUUUAUGAUGUCCUUGAUUCUAAGUUAUGAGAAGCUGAGGCCUACUAUUC